GAGAGAAUAUAUACGUACUUUCUCUCUCUGUCUCUCCUCACAACUUGUUCAACAUUUUACACAAAAUGGGUUGUGGGGAAUCAAAACACGAUGUUGUCACCGAUAACACCAUCCUCCGCAAGAAAUCUAAUGCCAAUUCCAAUUCCAAGAACAGCAAAGACAUAGAAAUUGUCACAGAAACAAACACCAAAGAUAGCACCACGAACUCAUCGGUGCAAAAACCGGAGAAGGUGACUAAAGAAGACAAUAACAAGGAAAUUAGUGGUGCAAUUGAAGCUGGUGAUGCUAAGGUCAUAGGUGAAAACAAGGCUGUGAAGGAAGGAGAUGACAAAGAAAUAGAUAAAGGGAAAGAAGGUGGUGAUGAAAAGCAAGAGGGAGAGAGAUUUAUAUCCCAUGACUCACCAAACCAUUACUUUUCAUCAAGGAAAGAUGAGGAAGCAGUGGAAGGGAUUAUUUCUGAUGCCAAGUCUGAGUAUGACUCUCCACAUGCAGCAGAGAAGGAAGAUUUGUUGAAUGAGAAUGUGAAAGCUGAUAAUGCAGUGCAGGAGAAAGUUGUGGCUAAUGAAACAAAUGCAGAAAAGAAAAAUGGAGAGGCCUUAAACGUGAAGGAAGAGAAUGUGGUCAAGAAAGCAGAACCGGAGGCAACUGUUGAAGCAAAAGUUUCAAGUCCUGCUACAGAAGAGAAGGAUAAAAAAGCUGAGGAAAUUAAGGCUGAUAUACCAACCAAGGAUAAGGACACAAAGUGAAAGAAGAAUUAGGAUAACAUGAAGCUUGUCAUGCGUUUUGUUAUCAAGUUUAUGGUUUCAGGAUUCAUGUACUUUAAUCUAGGUCGGUACAUGCUUGUUACAGAAAACAGCUGAUCAUAUACAUUUAGUGUUUUAUGGUAAACUUUGUUCUUUUUGUGAUCCCAUGUGUUCUUCCCCCGGCACUGUCACGAAUGUAGACAUUUCAAAAGUCUCCAACCAAACACAACAUGGUUUUUAGCAAGAAGUGGAAUAUUAAAGCAU